UCCAUGACCCACACAUUCUUCACUCUGCAACAGGAUGUUUAUAAGACUGAUCAUGGACCCAUAACCGUUGAAGACGUCGACGAGAACAAUGUUUCUUCUCUAGCCUUCCAGCGUCUUAUCAACUCAGCUCCAGGCGCCUCCGUUGGUGUGGCGGCCACGUAUCGCCCUGACUGUUCUCUGUCUUCUUUAGCAUUUGCAACACCCAGCCGAGCGCUCGUCAUCCACUUUUUUGCUGCGAAUAAACAGAAUCAGCAACAGCAGCAGCAGCAGAAGAAGAAGAAGGGCCAGGAACAACAACCUCCGGUUUCCCGAGGACGCAUGCUCAUGCAAGACCAAAUUCUUUGUAACAUUGGCAUUAAACUUUAUGGAUACAGGAUAGACAGAAUCGCACUUGCACUCUUCCUAGACCUCUCGCUUCGUAUCAAUGGCGCAGUUGACAUCCUGUCGGUGUCUACCAGUGAUCGGCGCUCACUCCAGGCAAUCAUGAAUGCCUUGGGCGGCGAGGUCUUACUCCAGAAGGACAACGUCAAAACCCUGUUCGCUCAUAGAGAAGGGGACGCAGUAUCCAAGGAUGUGGCGCUCCAGGCUUGGGCAGCAUGUCGCGCCGCCACACUUGAUGACAUGACGCUUAGAUUUGCUGCUAUAUCUCGAAUCGACACAGACACGAUGCCAGAUAUACAUCUGAAAGCCCUCACCAAGAUCUCUCGCGAUGCUGAAAUUUUGGAGUCUUUGAAGCCAACGAAAGUCGUCAACAAUGUCAAAGCAGACUUCAACUCCAAGAAGGGCAAUGUCAACCUCGAGUGCACUCGCUUCAGUACGCGUAUCAUGAGGUCUAAAACUCAAGUCAUCCACAUCGAAACACUGAACGGAGAUCAGCGAUCAACAAUCACUGGUCGCGCAGGGCGAAUAGACGGAAAACAGGCUCAUAUCAACGUCAAAGGCGCUGUAAAUGCUUCGGGCAAGGUCCUCUCCGUGACCACCAUCGGGAAAGAAGACUUGACGGCUGCUGAAUCAGAAAGAGAAGUUGUAGUGCUAAAGGCGCUUCAGGGCACCAUCACAUUGACCGAACAUCCAUUCUUCUGUAGUAUCUGGGCGCCGUCAUUAAAUGUCCCAUGGCCGCCUCUGCAUGCUCUUACCGCGUCAUUCGUCUACUAUCCUAACGGUCAAUUGAACCCCUCGCAAUAUCAUGCAGUGGAGCGAAUUAUUUCGCAAGCGGACGGGGAAGAUCGUGUAUUGCUUAUUCAAGGUCCUCCUGGCACUGGCAAAACAACGGUCAUAGCGGCCAGUGUCAACAGUAUGAUCAACACUGGCCCUAUGGAGCGUACGAUUUGGCUUGUGGCGCAGUCCAACGUUGCCGUCAAGAAUAUCGCAGAAAAGCUUGACAAGGUUGGCUUCCGUGAUUUUAAGUUGCUUGUAUCGAAAGAUUUCCAUUACGACUGGCAUGAACACCUCUACGAGAGACUGGAACAUUGUUUUAUACGAUCCGACAUGUUCGGUGGUGGGGCCGUGACCGUCAGCCGACUUUUGCUCGACACAAGAGUCAUACUUUGUACAUUGAGUAUGCUGUCCAAUCCUCGUAUCGAAGAAUUUACUCGUCAAGUUCCGGUUCAAACCGUAAUAUUUGACGAAGCAAGUCAAAUCGAAGUGGGAGACUACCUGCCGCUGCUUCAGCGUUUCCAACACAGCCUCCAAAAAAUGGUGUUCAUCGGUGACGACAAGCAACACCGCAUGCCACUCGUCAUUGGGACCUUCAUUUCCCGUCAUGUAUAUGGUAACAAGUUGAUGACCGUCCACGACAUUGCUAGCAAAGCAGCAUGUCGUUUCCUGGAUAUCAAAAGGGGGCAGGAGCAGAAAUCGGGAAAGAGUUGGAUAAAUCAGCAAGAAAUAUCUGUGGUUAUCCACCUCGCCCGUAUAUACAACAAGCAGGGCAAGCAGUACAGGAUCCUCACUCCAUAUGAUGGCCAGAGGUCUACGAUCGAACGUCAACUUGAAUUAGCGAAGCUUCCGUGGGAAGACAAGUGCUUCAACGUGGACUCCUUCCAAGGCAAGAUCUGGCUGACACUCGCUGCAGGAAACGAGGAAGACCACAUAAUCGUCUCUCUAGUCCGUACCCAAGGUGUAGGGUUCUUGAAGAACUCGCGCAGGACGAAUGUCAUGCUGACACGAUGCAAGAAAAGCAUGAUCAUUUGCACGAACCGUGAUUUCGUGACGAAGGGUAAAGCAGUAAGCACGCUGGUCGGGCAGCUUGCUCUUACCAUGGGCCCUGAUUCCUGGUUGGACGGUCGUGAUAUAGUUAAUGGCAUCUUAAGGUGA